GCAAGUAAUGUUAACUUACCGAAUCGGCCUGAGAAAAUACGGACUGAUACGGUUUCCUACAGUCAAAUUUCACGACGAAUUGAUUACGUUUUGUAACCAACUCAAGUUCCUCGAAGUCACAUGGGGUCGAAAUCAAAAGUGAAAGUUGCUGCAGAGAGCAACGCAACGUAAUAGCAAGUGAUUUUCCAUAAUAACCGGAAACAAAAUGUGUUUUACAACAGGCAGUCGAAGUUGCUGAAAGAAUUGACACAUACAAAUAUGCUGCUUCAAUCGAAGUAAGACAGGAAGACAAUUGUCUGAACAUAAUGACUGAAAAAACGCUGGUAUUGGAGGGUCUGCCAGACGACAUAGACAAAAUCAGACCCAAGUUGGAUUUGCACUUCAAAAACAAAAGAAAGUCUGGAGGAGAGACAUUACAAAUUCAAGACUAUCCUGGGGACAAGAGGAAGGCUUUGCUCGUUUACCAUGAAGAUGCAGCUCUGCAGAACGUGUUGGAUAGAAAAUGCCAUAAAAUUGAUUUCAAAAUCCCUUUUGGGGUGGUUGAGCUUCAAGUGAAACUGAAGGAAGAUGGCGGUGAAACAGAAGUGAAGAAAGUUAAACCACCAGUCUUCCCUCGCCCUACAAAAGACAAACUGACUUUCCUAGGAAAGUCUUCUCCUAACGUUGAAGAGAAGCCAGUGUCAGAGAGUCUAGCAGAUUCAGUGACGGAUGAUGACAUAAAAUUACUACUUGUCAGAACCACCAAGGAAUGUGAAAAGGAGCUCCUUAACUUGUAUUUUGAGCAGUUUGCUUUAGAAGAAGGAGAGGUCAGCAUUACAAGACAUGGAAAGAAUAGCUGGGUCCUUAAACUGUCCUGUCAGUCAGAUGCAGAGAAAGUCCUUGCCAAGAAGGAGCAUCAGUAUGGCAUUUCUGUGGAGGUGUACAAUGAGACAGCUGUUGAAGGGAAACUGGACAACAGACGCUUCAUCCUGACUGGGUUCAACGAGACCUGCAAGUGCGACAUUGUCUCUCUAUACAUCGGCAGCUGCAGCCAAGGGGCUGAACAUGUCUGGGAGACCCUUGACGAUGGAGAAAGAGUAGUGGUCACCUUCAAACAGGACAUUGACAUAAAGUCCUUCCUUAGGAAAUGCGUGUCAAAGAAGUUCCAGGGUAUGGAGUUUGGGGCUUGCCGUUUAGAGCUGACAGACUCUGUCCUUGUCCAGGGGGACAUGAGCCAAAUCAAAGGAGAGGUGGAGGAGGCCCUGAAUCUCUACUUCUCCAGCAGGAGGAGCAAAGGAGGGGCUAUCAGGUCCCAGAUCUGGGUUACAAAGGGCAAGAGCAUGGUCAUCACCUUUGAAGACUGUCAUGUUGCCCAUCAGGUGGCAGAACACAAGCAUCGUUUUGGUGGGGUCGACCUCAUAGCUCAGCUGUUCUACUCCAGCCUGCAGAAGGCUUUGACGGGACAAACAGCCCUCCUCUCAGACAUCCCCACUAAAGUGACCCUUCCACUCAGUGUGGAACUCCUUGACUUCAUUAACCGUGACAAGACCCGCAAGCAGGAAAUUACAACUGUACUCCUUAGGGUCCAUGCUAGAGUUUCCUUCAACAUGAGUACAGAACCCCCUCAGAUGGAACUGGACAUGACCAUGGAGAAUGAGUCUUUGGGCAUGCUCAGAUUGUUCCCUACAUGGGAGAGGAAAGCCCGGAGAGAGGCUCUGGCCUUGCUAGAGAAAUAUAAAGAGGUUCAGCUGCCCAUAGAGAUGGAGGUCUGGGAAAGGAUUGAGAGCGGUUGCCUUGGCCUCAUAUCCCCUGGCGCUAGCAUCUCUUACAGGAGCACCAGUGCUGAGAUAGUUGUGGUGUGUGUGCAGAAUGAGGUGAAGACCCUAGUGGAGAAGAUUGAGCAAAUGGUGAAAAAGGCUAGUGAUGAGCUCGAGAGGGAGAGGAACACGGUAUUAAGAAAAAUCCCACUGGACUCUAAGGAAAAGCUUGAUUUCAUUUGUGAUCUCGUCUCUGGUAAACUAGUGGACGUAGGGUUUUCUAAAGAUGAAGAAAGCUUUAUCAUCUGCCUAAAGGGUUUGGAGAACCAGGUGAGCACAGCAGAAGGUGUCGUGAAAGAGGCCCUGGGGAACGUUGAAGCCAAACUCCUUGAGAUAUCAAUGCCUCUGAUGGAGUUCCUAAAGUCUGUGGACCUGAAGAAGAUUGAGAAGAACCACUUUUCCCAGAACAACAUAUCGUCUGUGUUUCUCCUUGGUAAUGAUUCCAUCCAGAUCCUAGCAGAUAGAACUGACAUCCAGAGAGCUGAAGACAAACUAUACGAGGUCAUCAAAGAGGAAGUCAUCAAACUCACACCAGACCAAACCCACGUGACAAAGGGCGAACAAUGGCUGCAGUUCUUUGCCGGACUCAACGGUGAGCUCAAAUCCACCAAGAACAACCACAAUGUCAGCAUCUCAGUUUCGCAGGAGAAGAUCGGUGUCUGUGGAUUCUCCAAUGUUGUAGCAGAUGUGUCAGGGAAGUUAAAUGGAUACCUGGAUAACAAGAAGCCAGAAACAGCGGACGUCCCUCUCAAAUCAGUGCAGGAAGUACAGUAUGUGGCCUCUUGUAUGAAACUCUCAGAGGUCCCUGAAAUUAAGGCCCUUGGCGUGACUAUACUGCCAUGCAAAACACAAGGAUCCCCUUGCCUGAAGAUCACUGCAGCGAGCGAUAAAAUCAAAGAGGCCUUAGAUGCAGUGAAACAGCAGGUCAGUACAAUAACGACGGAGAAGUACACAUACUCCGAAGCCGGCAAGUCCAAAGUCCUGGAGAAGAACAAAGUUGCUCUGCAGGCUAAGGCCAAGGAUUUAGGGUGUAAACUUUUCCUAUCACCAUUGAUUACCCUCUGCCAGAAAUACAGCUACGACAUAGAAGGGUGCAUCACUUUAACUGUGGGUCAGGGUAACAUCUCCCAACAUGCUGCAGAUGCUCUGAUCUGCCCUCUGAGCAGCAGCCUGGCCUUCGAUACUCCGAUCGCCAAACAAUUCCUUCAGAUGGGUGGGCCUGAGAUCAGGAAGGUGUGUGACAAGUUCCUGAAGGAAAGGCAAACUCUACAGGCGGGAGAUGUGGUCUUGUCCAACCCAGGAACCCUUGGAGCUAAACACCUCAUCUAUGCAGGCAUUCCUGUAUUGGGGAAGGCUUCCACACCUCUCAACUCUGUCUAUCUGCAGUCUGCUGUCAGGGACAGUUUAUUGGGAGCAGAAAACAAGAAGUGUGCCUCCAUAGGCAUGCCAGUGAUGGGGUAUGGCACCUUUGGUUUUUCUGUCAAAGAAAGCUGUGUAGCAGUUAUCAAGGGAAUCCUAGAUUUCAUCUACACUGAUCAGAAAUCCCCCCAACUGAGGAGCAUAUUUGUGAUCGACUCUGAUGCCAAGCUAGUGGAGGAGUUCCAGUCAGCCAUUGAAGGAAAGGGUUAUCGUCGUCAACAAAAAACCAGCAAACCAGCAACAGGCACAACUCCAACUUCUCCCCCUGCAGCCAACGCCUCACAUAACACACCUCCACCACCACCCCUAGCGGCUAAACCAGGUUCAGACAUCAAAGUGAUUAUAGGUGGCGUGUCAGUGAUCCUGAAGAAGGGUGACAUCACCAAAGAGACAGUGGAUGUCAUAGUGAAUUCCAACAACCAAAAUCUGAAUCUGAACAAUGGGGUUUCUGGAGCCAUCCUGAAAGCGGCUGGGAAAUCUGUAGCAGAUGAAUGCAAAAUAAUUGGUAUGCUAAAGGCCGAUGGUGUUGUACUCACACAUGGUGGGAACCUAAACUGUAAAAACAUAGCUCAGAUGGUUGGGCCCAAGACUUCUGCAGAUAUCAUCACCUCCAUAGAGAAGGUCCUUCAGCUGUGUGAGAGCCAGAAUGCAGCCACAGUGUCCAUCCCUACUAUUGGCACAGGGCAAGGUGGCGUUGAACCCAAAGAUUGCAUCAAGGCCAUUCUAAAAGGACUGGAGAGCCACACAUCACGGAUGACCUCAUCCAGCAUCAAAAUCAUUUUCAUAGUGGCCUUUGAGCAGAAGAUCUUUGACUCCAUGAGAAAUUACUUUAACAAAAGUAACCUGCGCCCACACAACAUCAAGCAGGCUGCAUCCACACCUUCUCAGUCCAGUCUUCCCCCAAAUCAAGUAAAGAUCCAUGGUGUCAGAAUUGAAUUGAGGAAAGGCAACAUUACUCAAGAAACUGUCAGAGCCAUUGUGAAUAGCACCAAUGCUGAUAUCAACUUAACAGGAGGAGUUAGUGCGGCGAUUGUCAAAGCAGCUGGGAGCGCAGUUGAACAGGAGUGCAAAACCAUUUGCCCUCUAAGGGCUGAUGCAGCAGGGGUGACCAGCGGCGGGGCCCUUCAGUGUAACUUCAUCAUCCACAUACUGGGGCCCCACUCUGUGGCUGACGCUACACAACGAGUCACCAAGGUCCUGGAGUGCUGUGAGGACAAACAGAUCACCACCGUGUCCUUCCCUGCUGUUGGCACUGGUGGUGGUGGCCUUAGCGGCACAGACUCUAUUGGUGCCAUCCUCCAGGGCAUCCAGGAUCAUCUAUCACUGUGCUCCUCCUCUACCAUCAUUAAACUGAUCUACAUCGUCAUCUAUGAGGACAAGAUCCUGCAGGAGUUUCAGCUGGGGCUCAACCAGUGGAAGACAAGCCAGAUGGUUGAAGACGCCAGUGACGACGAUCUUGAGGAUGAUCUUAAUGGUGAUGAAGAUGACAGUGAUAUGUGGAACACCAACUCUGAGGAAGAAGAUGACACCAGUGUUCAGACAGGAAACACAAUUGAAGCAAUAAUUGGGCCAGUGAAGGUCAAGGUAGUAUGUGGUGACAUCACUAAGGAGAAAACGGACGCCAUCGUCAACAGUACAAACUCGAGUCUGGAUCUGAACUCUGGUGUAUCAGGAGCCAUUCUAAAAGCAGCUGGACAGACAGUCGUGGAUGAGUGCAAAGCCUUAGGGACCCAACCCAGUGAUGGUGUUGUCAUGACCACGCCUGGGAAUCUCAAGACCAAGCACAUCAUCCACAUGGUGGGGCAGACCAAGGAGAAGGAGAUCACCAGCUCCAUGCUUAAAGUGUUAAAGAUGUGUGAAGACAAGAAAAUACAAUCCGUCUCUUUCCCAGCACUCGGAACAGGUGCUGGUAACUUGGGAGCAGUGCAGGUCGGGAAUGCAAUGAUGGCCGCAAUAGCUGAUUUACUGAUAAGCAUCAGAACACCGUCAGUUACAACGAUUCACAUUGUUAUAUUCCAAGCGAAGAUGAUAAAGGACUUUGAGGAGGUUAUGAAAAAUUUAAAGAAGGUGAUCCCCAAGCCUGCAGCCAAAAAGUCAUCAAAAACUGCCAAAACAACCAGACCAACCCAGCCCACCCCUACCAAACCAGCCCUGUUUUUGGCCAGUGCCACAGCAGCCGUGGUCUUCCCCAGUAUGGAGGCUGUGGUGUAUGGGCCCUCCCCUGCCAGCCUGACCAAGGUGAAGAAACUCCUGGAUGAGCUGAUCUCUGAGGAGUGCAUUAGCCAGGACCUUUUCUCCAGCCACCUGCACCUGCUCCUGGAGGCCCAGAAGGAGGCCAUCGUGGCCCUGAGCCAGACGAACCAGGUCCAUGUCCUGGUGACGUCCCCAGACAAGAUGACCAUCUCUGGGAAGAAAGACGACGUUCUCUCCGCCGUCCUCCAGAUCAAGGACUAUCUGCAGGGGGCAAGGGACAGGGAGAGCCGGGAGGGAGAGGAGAAGAGGCUGAGGGAGACCGUGCGCUGGGAGGCGGGGGAGGGAGAGACCUGGGGAGAGCUGGACUGUAGUCUAAGCUAUGAUCUGGAGCUGGCCUUCCACAGGAAAGACAAGUGUUUUAAAUAUAACCACCAGGGGGAGACGUUCACUGUGGACCUGAAGGACAUGCAGCAGACUGACAGCAAAGGGACCAUCACCAGGGUCAAAAGGAGCCUUGUGGCGGACUCUGAAACAGCCGUCAUUCAGUUCCCACAGAGCUGGACUAGAAUGGAGGGCAAGGAUCUGGAGAUCGUCACACUGGCUCCCAGUUCAGGAGAGUACCAGAGAAUUGAGAAAGAGUUCAUUGCCACCAGCAAGAACCCAAAAACUAAUACGCAGCCAACCAUUCAAAUUGUCCAGAUCCAGAGGAUUCAGAGCAAAGACCAAUGGCAGAGGUACGCAGUGAAAAAACAGGCCAUGGAUAAGAAGUAUCCCAAAAACAAGAACGAGCUGAGCCUUUACCACGGAACAACCAAAGACAUUUGUCAGAAAAUCAACACCUGUGGUUUCAACAGGAGCUUCUGUGGGAGAAACGCUACUGCAUACGGCGACGGGACUUACUUUGCCAAAGAGAUGUGGUACUCGUGCCAAGAUGCAUACUCCAAUCCAGAUGCCAGUGGGCUGAAGUACAUGUACCGUGCCAGGGUGCUGGUGGGUUCACCCUGCCUGGGGGUGCAGGGCAUGAAGGAGCCAAACCCCCUGAACCCCGGUGACCUCCGCCAGGGGCUACAUGACUGUGCCGUCAAUAAUCUGCAGAAUCCGUUUAUCUAUGUGGUGUUCUGUGAUGCAGGUGCCUAUCCAGACUACCUCAUCAGCUUCAAGACCAUCUGAGAGAUGGAAAUCUUAUUUUAAGGACAGCACUGAAACAACAAUUAAAAACUUGUCAAAUACUUAGGAGGCAAGUAGACCUAAUGCCUUAAAGUAGAGUAUUUAUAUUUUCCUAGGUAUGAAGCUAUUUAACCAGGUCGAAAGUGGGAAAUUCUGCGUUUUAGUUUGGCACAGAGAAGCUGUGACAUGUUUAGUUUAUUAGAAUCCCCAUUAGCUACUGCACAUGCAGCAGCUACUCUUCCUGGGAUCCACAUAAAACGUACAAAUACAUGACAAAGUACAGAUAAGAACAUAAGAUAUUAAAAUAAGUUAUAGUUGAAGUCAGAAGUUUACAUACACCUUAGACAAAUACAUUUAAACUCUGUUUUUCACAAUUCCUGACAUUUAAUCAGAGUAAAAAUUCCCUGUUUUAGGUCAGUUAGGAUCACCACUUUAUUUUAAGAAUGUGAAAUGUCAGAAUAACAGUAGAGAUUUAUUUCAGCUUUUAUUUCUUUCAUCACAUUCCCAGUGGGUCAGAAGUUUACAUGCACUCAAAUAGUAUUCGGUAGCAUAGCCUUUACAUUGCUUAACUUGGGUCAAACAUUUCAGGUAGCCUUCCACAAGCUUCCCACAAUAAGUUGGGUGAAUUUUGGCCCAUUCCUCCUGACAGAGCUGGUGUAACUGAGUCAGGUUUGUAGUCCUCCUUGCUCGCACAUGCUUUUUCAGUUCUGCCUACACAUUUUCUAUGGGAUUGAGGUCAGGGCUUUGUGAUGGCCACUCCAAUACCUUGACUUUGUUCUAAAGCCAUUUUGCACAACUUCGGAAGUAUGGUUGGGGUCAUUGUCCAUUUGGAAGACCCAUUUGCGACCAAGCUUUAACUUCCUGACCGAUGUUGCUUCCAAUAUAUCUACAUCAUUUUCCUACCUCAUGAUGCCAUGUAUUUUGUGAAGUGCACCAGUCCCUUCUGCAGCAAAGCACCCCCACAAGAUAAUGCUGCCAUACCCGUGCUGCACGGGUUGGGAUGGUUUUCUUCAGCUUGCAAGCCGAAGAAAACAUAAAACAUAACAAUGGUCAUCACAACCAAACAGUUAUAUUUUUGUUUCAUCAAACCAGAGAACAUUUCUCCAAAAAGUACGAUCUUUGUCCCCAUGUGCAGUUGCAAACCGUAGUCUGGCUUUUUUAUGGCAGUUUUGGAGCAGUGGCUUCUUCCUUGCUGAGCGGCCUUUCAGGUUAUGUCAAUAUAGGACUAAUUUUACUGUGGAUAUAGAUACUUUUGUAC